AGGGCGGGGCGGGGAGGGGCGGCCGUCUCGGCCCUCCCUGGCGGGGCCCCGCGGCCUGGAAGCCGGAGCGGGCCGAGCCGCCACCGCGGCCGGAGCUGUCCCUUAGCCAGACCCGGCGAGACACGAGCGGCGGGAGGGAGGCGGUGGCGCGCCCGGCCCCGCCCGCCCGACCAAGCGUCGGACGCGGCCCGGCGCCGAGCCAUGGAGCCUGAGCCAGUGGAGGACUGUGUGCAGAGCACUCUCGCCGCCCUGUAUCCACCCUUUGAGGCAACAGCCCCUACCCUGUUGGGCCAGGUGUUCCAGGUGGUGGAGAGGACUUAUCGGGAGGACGCACUGAGGUACACGCUGGACUUCCUGGUACCAGCCAAGCACCUGCUUGCCAAGGUCCAGCAGGAAGCCUGUGCCCAAUACAGUGGAUUCCUCUUCUUCCAUGAGGGGUGGCCGCUCUGCCUGCAUGAACAGGUGGUGGUGCAGCUAGCAGCCCUACCCUGGCAACUGCUGCGCCCAGGAGACUUCUAUCUGCAAGUGGUACCCUCAGCUGCCCAAGCACCACGACUAGCACUCAAGUGUCUGGCCCCUGGGGGUGGGCGGGUGCAGGAGAUUCCUGUGCCCAAUGAGGCCUGUGCCUACCUAUUCACACCUGAGUGGCUACAAGGCAUCAACAAGGACCGGCCAACAGGUCGCCUCAGUACCUGCCUACUGUCUGCGCCCUCAGGGAUUCAGCGGCUGCCCUGGGCUGAGCUCAUCUGCCCACGAUUUGUGCACAAAGAGGGCCUCAUGGUCGGACAUCAGCCAAGUACGCUGCCCCCAGAACUGCCCUCUGGACCUCCAGGGCUUCCCAGCCCUCCACUUCCUGAGGAGGCGCUGGGUACCCGGAGUCCUGGGGAUGGGCACAAUGCCCCUGUGGAAGGACCUGAGGGCGAGUACGUGGAGCUGUUGGAGGUGACGCUGCCUGUGAGGGGGAGCCCAGCAGAUGCUGAAGGCUCCCCGGGCCCCUCCAGAGUACGGACAGUACCCACUCGCAAGGGUGCUGGAGGGAAGGGCCGCCACCGGAGACACCGGGCGUGGGUGCAUCAGAAGGGCCUGGGACCUCGGGACCAGGAUGGAGCACGCCCACCCGGCGAGGGGAGCAGCACUGGAGCCUCCCCUGAGUCUCCCCCAGGAGCUGAGGCUGUCCCAGAGGCAGUAGUCUUAGAGGUAUCUGAGCCCCCAGCAGAGGCCGUGGGAGAAGCCUCUGAAUCUUGCCCCCUGAGGCCAGGGGAGCUUAGAGGAGGAGGAGGAGGCCAGGGAGCUGAAGGACCACCUGGUACCCCUCGGAGAACAGGCAAAGGAAACAGAAGAAAGAAGCGAGCUGCAGGCAGAGGGGCUCUUAGCCGAGGAGGGGACAGUGCCCCACUGAGCCCUGGGGAUAAGGAAGAGGCCAGUCACCAAGAAGCCCUUGGCAAUCUGCCCUCACCAAGUGAGCACAAGCUUCCAGAAUGCAGCCUGGUUAAGGAGGAAUAUGAAGGCUCAGGAAAGCCAGACUCUGAGACCAAAGAGUUCAAAACAGCAGGCGAGAAAGAGCCUCAGCCCUCUGAAGCCUGUGGGCCUACAGAAGAGGGUUCCAGAGAGAGAGAGCAGGAGGGGCCAGGCCUGGUGUGUAUGGCAGGACACGCAGGCCCAGAAGGCCUCCUGUCUGACACUCCAACACCUCUGCUGGAGACUGUGCAGGAAGGAAAAGCAGACAGCAUUCCAGAAGAGGCCGUUCCAGUCUCCAUCUCUGAUGACCCUGAUGUGGCUUGGGACUUGAUGGCAUCUGGAUUCCUCAUCCUGACAGGAGGGGUGGACCAGAGUGGGCGAGCUCUGCUGACCAUUACCCCACCGUGCCCUCCUGAGGAGCCCCCACCCUCCCGAGACAUGCUGAACACAACUCUUCAUUACCUCCACUCACUGCUCAGGCCUGAUCUACAGACACUGGGGCUCUCCGUCCUGCUGGACCUUCGCCAGGCACCUUCACUGCCUCCAGCACUCAUUACUGUCUUGAGCCAACUUCAGGACUCAGGAGAUCCUCCCCUCGUUCAGCGGCUGCUGAUUCUCACUCAUGAUGACCUUCCAAGUGAACUCUGUGGAUUUCAGGGUGCUGAGGUGCUGUCAGAGAAUGAUCUGAAAAGAGUGACCAAGCCAGAGGAGCUGCAGUGGGAGUUAGGAGGUCACAGGGACCCCUCUCCCAGUCACUGGGUAGAGAUACACCAGGAAGUGGUAAGGCUAUGCCGCCUGUGCCAAGGUGUGCUGGGCUCGGUACGGCAGGCCAUUGAGGAGCUGGAGGGAGCAGCAGAGCCAGAGGAAGAGGAGGCAGUGGGAAUGCCCAAGCCCCUGCAGAAGGUGCUGGCAGAUCCCCGGCUGACGGCACUGCAGAGGGAUGGGGGGGCCAUCCUGAUGAGGCUGCGCUCCACUCACAGCAGCAAACUAGAGGGCCAAGGCCCAGCUACAUUGUAUCAGGAAGUGGACGAGGCCAUUCACCAGCUCGUGCGCCUCUCCAACCUGCACGUGCAGCAUCAAGAGCAGCGGCAGUGCCUGCGGCGACUCCAGCAGGUGUUGCAGUGGCUCUCGGGCCCAGGGGAGGAGCAGCUGGCAAGCUUUGCUGUGCCCGGGGACACCUUGUCUGCCCUGCAGGAGACAGAGCUGCGAUUCCGGGCUUUCAGCGCUGAGGUCCAGGAGCGCCUGGCCCAGGCACGGGAGGCCCUGGCUCUGGAGGAGAAUGCCACCUCCCAGAAGGUGCUGGAUAUCUUUGAACAGCGGCUGGAGCAGGUUGAGAGUGGCCUCCAUCGGGCCCUGCGGCUACAGCGCUUCUUCCAGCAGGCACAUGAAUGGGUGGAUGAGGGCUUUGCUCGACUGGCAGGAGCUGGGCCGGGUCGGGAGGCUGUGCUGGCUGCACUGGCCCUGCGGCGGGCCCCAGAGCCCAGUGCCGGCACCUUCCAGGAGAUGCGGGCCCUGGCCCUGGACCUGGGCAACCCAGCAGCCCUGCGAGAAUGGGGCCGCUGCCGGGCCCGCUGCCAAGAGCUGGAGAGGAGGAUUCAGCAACACCUGGGAGAGGAGGCGAGCCCACGGGGCUACCGACGACGGCGGGCAGACAGUGCCAGCAGUGGAGGGGCUCAGUGGGGCCCCCACAGCCCCUCACCCAGCCUCAGCUCCUUGCUGCUCCCCAGCAGCCCUGGGCCACGGGCAGCCCCAUCCCAUUGCUCCUUGGCCCCAUGUGGAGAGGACUAUGAGGAGGAAGGCCCUGAGCUGGCUCCAGAAGCAGAGGGCAGGCCCCCAAGGGCUGUGCUGAUUCGAGGCCUGGAGGUCACCAGCACUGAGGUGGUAGACAGGACAUGCUCACCGCGGGAACACGUGCUGCUGGGCCGGGCUGGGGGGCCAGACGGACCCUGGGGAGUAGGCACCCCCAGGAUGGAGCGCAAGCGAAGCAUCAGUGCCCAGCAGCGUCUGAUGUCUGAGCUGAUUGCCUGUGAACAAGAUUACGUGGCCACCUUGAGUGAGCCAGUGCCACCCCCUGGGCCUGAGCUGACUCCUGAGCUUCGGGGCACUUGGGCUGCUGCCCUGAGUGUCCGGGAAAGGCUUCGCAGCUUCCACCGGACACACUUUCUGCGGGAGCUUCAGGGCUGCGCCACCCACCCCCUACGCAUUGGGGCCUGCUUCCUUCGCCAUGGGGACCAGUUCAGCCUUUAUGCACAGUACGUGAAGCACCGACACAAACUGGAGAAUGGUCUGGCUGUGCUCAGUCCCUCAAGCAAGGGCUCCAUGGAGGCUGGACCUUACCUGCCCCGAGCCCUGCAACAGCCUCUGGAACAGUUGGCUCGGUAUGGGCGGCUCCUGGAGGAGCUCCUGAGGGAAGCUGGGCCUGAGCUGAGUUCUGAGCGCCAGGCCCUUGGGGCUGCUGUACAGCUGCUCCGGGAACAAGAGGCCCGUGGCAGAGACCUGCUGGCUGUGGAGGCGGUGCGUGGCUGUGAGAUAGAUCUGAAGGAGCAGGGACAGCUGUUGCAUCGAGACCCCUUCACUGUCAUCUGUGGCCGAAAGAAGUGCCUUCGCCAUGUCUUUCUGUUUGAGCAUCUCCUCCUGUUCAGCAAGCUCAAGGGCCCUGAAGGAGGGUCAGAGAUGUUUGUUUACAAGCAGGCCUUUAAGACUGCUGACAUGGGGCUGACAGAAAACAUCGGGGACAGCGGACUCUGCUUCGAGUUGUGGUUUCGGCGGCGGCGUGCACGAGAGGCAUAUACUCUGCAGGCAACCUCACCAGAGAUCAAACUCAAGUGGACAAGUUCUAUUGCCCAGCUGCUGUGGAGACAGGCAGCCCACAACAAGGAGCUCCGAGUGCAGCAGAUGGUGUCCAUGGGCAUUGGGAAUAAACCCUUCCUGGACAUCAAAGCCCUUGGGGAGCGGACGCUGAGUGCCCUGCUCACUGGAAGAGCCGCCCGCACCCGGGCCUCCGUGGCCGUGUCAUCCUUUGAGCAUGCCGGCCCCUCCCUUCCCGGCCUUUCGCCGGGAGCCUGCUCCCUGCCUGCCCGCGUCGAGGAGGAGGCCUGGGAUCUGGACGUCAAGCAAAUUUCCCUGGCUUCCCCUUCAGCCCCAGAAACACUUGACUCUUCUGGAGAUGUGUCCCCAGGACCAAGAAACAGCCCCAGCCUGCAACCCCCCCACCCUGGGAGCAGCACUCCCACCCUGGCCAGUCGAGGGAUCUUAGGGCUAUCCCGGCAGAGCCAUGCUCGAGCCCUGAGUGACCCCACCACACCUCUGUGACCUGGGUGAGUCAGCAUCCCCAAUUUCUACCACAUCCAACACUCCUUCCGUCUUGCAUGUACCUUCCUUCCUGUCCCCAGCUACUCGGGAGUCUGCUUCUUCCCUCUUCCAACUCAUCUCCCUCUUCUCUCCUGGCUUCUAGAGAAGAUCCAGAACUUGCCUGCAGCUUCUCCUCUCAGCACACUUUGGGCUGGGAUGGCAGUGGGGCAUAAUGGAGCACUGGGCGAUCACUGAAUUUCUUCCCUCUGCUUCCUGGACACAGAGGAGGUCUAAGGACCAGAGUAUUGCCCUGCCACCAGUAUCUCUAGUCCCCCUAGCUUGGUGCCUUCUCCUGCAGGAGCCAGAGCAGCCACAUUGCUUGCCUUCAUACCCUGGAGGUGGGGAAGUUAUCCCUCUUCCAGUGCUUUCCCAUCCUGGGCCACUGUAUCCAGGACAUCACUCCCAUGCCAGCCCUCCCUGGCAGCCCAUGUUCUCCUCUCUUCUCACCCCUUGACUUUCCCUGAGAAGAAUCAUCUGUGCCAGGUCAACUGGAGUUCCCGGUGACUCCAUUCUGAGGUGUCACAAGAAAUGAAGCUAUGCAAACUAUAAUAGGAGGGUGCAACAGGGAACUGUAGACUUUAUAUAUGUAAUUACUGUUAUUAUAAUACUAUUGUUAUAUUAAAUGUAUUUACUCACACUUUGCCUCCAAGGAGCUAGAGUAGUCCUCUGGAUUAAGGUGAUAAAUAACUUGAGCACUUUCCCUCAACCAGCCCUUAACUAGAACACAGAAAAUAAAACCAAGACUGGAAGGUCCCCUGUACCCUUCCCAGGCCCAGAGCUGACUGUGUGUGAGCCGGGAGAAUGUGUCUCCUCCACAGUGGCUCCCAGAGGCUCCAGACACUCUCUGAAGCUCCUUCUCCCACACUGCACCUGCUCCUUGGGGCUGAACUGGUCACAGACAAACUGGGAUCCAGCACAGUCCAGCAGUUCUCCAAAUGAGACCCUCAAGCCACAGGGUGUGAGAACCUGAUUGGCUAUUUGUUAAAUGCUAAUUCUUGGACCCCAUCAGAGCUGCUGCAUUGAAGCCUGGCGGUGAAACCCAAUAUUCUGCAUUUCUUAUCAAACUCUUUGGGUGAUAACUAAAUGUAUGAAGAGGUGACUAUUUCCUGACAGAAGGGCCCAAAGAGAGGAGCAGGACAUAGGUAGGCAGACAGACACAGGGCCCUGUGCCUCACGACACCUGUUUAUUGGGGACACGACUCUGCAACAGGGAUGACAGGAAUCGUACCAAAAAUAGCGACGUCUACAGGGCCCCUGAUGGGGCUAGAAGGGUACAGUGCUCCCCACCCUCACCCCUUGUACAAAAAUAAACUCUCACGCCUAUGGACCAGCA